UGUUAUGCACCAAAAUGCUCCCCUGCCACAAACUGCCCCACUUAUCUCAUAAUUAUGAGAUAGUAAGGCAUAAUUAUGAGAGCAGGAUCUCAUAAUUAUGAGAUAAGUCAUAAUUAUUGAGAUAUUAACUCUUAAUUAUGAGAUAAUGAGUAUAUAUCUAAGUUGACUACAUUUUUCAUGGCGCCAUUUUGUUCUCCCAUUACUGCCACAUUUUUACUCUGUGCCGGAAGUGCUCAUGGUGUCCAUGGUUACGACGCCGACGUCAGUUGCCUAGCAACCGCAGAAAGAUUCUAAGAAGAAAUUCUCAGUUAGCAUUACUACUAGCCUCUUGUUGCCUUUGAACAGAGUUGUUUUUGAGUUGAUUAUCGGCUCCAAACUAAUGAGCUAACGUUAAAGUCGACUGUACUCCGGGAUAUGACAUGCAGAGCUCAGAUGAUCCCUAUGAGAAAUUCAUUCUCCAGCAUUUAAGGCAUUAUGGACGUUUUACAGGACAGAGUUUUUCGUUUCUUCAGAGAAGUGAUUCAACAUGUAGACUGUGGAAAAGAAGCCCUGAUUCUGCACCCACAGGUGUCUUCAACACAACUGCUGAAAGCACACACAUGGAUGAGGAACAACCACAGGCACAUCAGGAACAAUUCUCUUACAAUGUGGAGAGAUGUAUCAGGACCAGGCAGCUGCUAGUUGACCUGGAAAGUGGAAGACCUAUCCCACGCCUUAGGGAACCACUGGACCUCGUUUCUAUACCUUCAGUUUCCUGUCCCUUCCAGGGUGUUCUCUGGCCAGUUGAGUGUGCAGUCUUCUGUGACAAAAUCCAUCACAUAGAAUGGGAUCCUCCAGAUCCAGAAACAUUUUAUCAGCAGACGGGCAACGAGCAGACUCCCAUGCCAGAGGGAGAAGAAGAAGGAAUCACCGUUUAUUGUGUAGACUCGGCCACAGAAAUGCCAUACUUCACUCGGUCCUGUGUUGGUGGCAGCAGGCAGAAUAUAAAGAAUUUCACAUCAAGUGCUGACAGCCAAGAUACACCUACCCUAUCUUUUGAGUCCAGAUUUGAGAGUGGAAAUCUCCAAAAAGCAGUUAAAAUUGGUCAUUAUGAAUAUGAGCUCACUUUGCGCCAUGACAUGUACACCACAAAGCACACACAGUGGUUCUACUUCCGUGUGAAGAACAUGAAAGCUAAUGUCACAUAUCGCUUCACGAUUAUCAACCUGAUGAAAUCCAACAGCCUAUAUGAAACAGGCAUGCGUCCACUGCUGUACUCCGAGCUUGACGCCAGGCUGAAAAAAAAGGGGUGGUACCGCGCAGGCAACAACAUUCGGUAUUACCAGAAUCAGAGUGAGCAAGAGGGAAAGCCACUCUACUCACUUACCUGGACACUUGAGUUUCCUCAUGAAAAUGAUACCUGCUACUUGGCCCACUGCUACCCGUACACCUACUCAGAUCUGCAAAAUUAUUUACAAGGUGUGGUUUCAGACCCAGCUCAGUCAAUGUACUGUAAAGUGCGGGUACUGUGCCGAAGCUUGGCAGGGAACUCUGUGUAUGUACUGACUAUUACUUCGCCCUGUGGCACUUGGCAAGAGCGGAGAAACAGGCAAGCAGUGGUGGUAACAGCACGUGUGCACCCUGGAGAGACCAAUAGCUCAUGGAUGAUGCAGGGCUUAUUGGAUUUUUUGCUGGGUAAAUCACCUGAUGCACAUCUACUGAGAGAAACGUUUGUUUUUAAGAUAGUGCCAAUGCUGAACCCUGAUGGCGUGGUUGUUGGAAACUACCGCUGCUCUCUGGCAGGCAGAGAUAUGAACCGCAGCUACCAUACUCUAUUUAAGGACUCGUUCCCCUGUGUGUGGUACACUCGCAACAUGGUGAAACGGUUGCUUGCUGAGAGAAGAGUUGUGUUGUACUGUGAUUUUCAUGGACACAGCAGAAAAAACAAUGUGUUUAUGUAUGGUUGCACUAACCGUAAGAACAAACCACGUCUUCAGGAGCGCGUCUUCCCUCUGAUGAUGAGCAAAAAUGCCAAAGAAAAGUUUUCUUUCAGGAGUUGUAAGUUUAAAAUGCAGAAAAGCAAAGAAGGCACUGGUCGCAUUGUAAUGUGGAGGCUUGGAAUCCAAAACAGCUAUACUUUGGAGUCCACCUUUGGAGGCUCCACUUUAGUGGGCAGGAGAGGAACUCACUUCACUGUGGGAGACCUGAAGUCUAUGGGCUACCACUUUUGUGAUACCCUUCUGGAUUUUUGUGACCCAGACCAGACCAAGACCGAACAGUGUUUAAAGGAACUGGGGAUUUUGCUGAAACAGGACAUCAGAAGGAAGCUGGGCAAGGAAGUGGACUCGCUACAGGGUCUCACUGAUGUAGACGUUGAGUCCAGUACAAGUGGAUCAAAUAGUACAGACUCAGAUGGUCUCCCUGUUCAUCUUUUAAACUCCACAAACCAGAAGAAAGUCAAGAAGAAGCAUUUACGGAGCAAAAAAGAAAGGAAUAGAUUGCGGCAAAAGGAAUCCCAGAGUGCAAAAUCCACAAACUGUCACAGAGAACACAAAAACACUGAUUCGAUGAAAUCAAAUGACGAUUUUGUGACUGAAACACUCCAAGAAAAAACUCUAGUGAAAAAGGGGAAUGACAAAAAAACAGAUGCACAGUUAGUAAGAGCUAAUCAGUCAGAAAUGACCUGGAUCCAACAUUCCAUUCCACGUUUUUGUCUUUCUGGCCAUGAGAAGGGCAAGAAAGUCAAGAAUGGUUUAGGUUACUCGCCUAGCUUAUUAAAUGAGACUGGAGGGUCAAAAAAUCACAUCCAGAAACAAACAGAGCCCCUGGUGGUCACUUCGGUUCACGACAGAUUAUCAGGUCUGCCAGUUCAGAACCCCAUACUUUUCAAAAAGGAUAUCAAAGAAUACUCAGGAAUGAGAGGAAGAGUUUCAACAAUCCCACUGCAUAGAGUUGUUCCCAGGUUCAUUUCUGACAGAGGAUUAGAGCUCAGACGCUCUGCCCACUCCUCUUCAGCUUACACUGCUAACCAACAAAAUAUCAGCCAGAAAAGCACACCACAGUCUACAAGGAUUUCAUUUGAAUCGUGCGUACCUGAAAAAACAAACACAACAGCCUCCCUGUGGCCAAAUCCUAAAAGAAGUCCACUUGCAGGUCUGGCAUUGCUGGAGAUGGAGCAUUCCAGUAAAGCAGACCAGCUAAAUAAACACAAAACAGUGGACCACACUUUUUCCCCAGACCUGAAAAGCAUUAACAGGCCUGACAAAAGUAAAAGGAGGGCCACAGAUAAACAGCCUAUACCUAGAGAUCUGAGGCAAGAAACAUUAACUAGUGAGCAUGAAGAUACAGCUUCAUCUGGCAGCUGGAACAGUGAUGGCAGAGGCUGGAUAAAGAAGAAAUAAAAGAAUAAAGCCAUACGCCCAUGGGGAAAAAGGGUGUAAAAAGGGGUCAAUUCAAAGAAGAACAGCCUGGAAACAGAAAACGCCCAGAGGAUAUGUCCAGAAAUUCUGUGGAUUGGUGCCUUGAAGAACUAAUUUCUUCCUUCAUUUAUACAUAAAUGUUGAGUAAAGAACAAUACAAUAGUAGCAUUUGUCUUACUUGACUUGAUAUUGGAUAUAGUCAUGUACUUCUUUGGAAUUCCGAUGUACAGUAUGUUAAACUUUUUUAUUUUAUAAAAUGUUAAUUUUGUAAUAUUACUAUUAUCAUCCAGCUCAUACAAUUUUUUUUGUCAUUUGUUUAUGCCAUCAUUACAACAGAGUACAUUUUUGUUAUGUUAAAAUGUUGAUACAGAGAUCCUACUGU